AUGGAAAACAGGGAGAGCUUCGACAACAUCUACCUGGAUCUUUCCAAGCAACCAGGAAAAUGCAAGCUCGCCGAAAGUGGUCUGGGAUGGAAACCCUCCGGCGGCGGCGAAACCUUCACGCUGGAUAGCAGCAACAUCGGUGCCGCGCAGUGGAGUCGCGCAGCCAAAGGAUUCGAGUUGAAGAUUCUGUCACGCACAUCGGGUGUUAUUCAACUGGAUGGAUUUGACCAGGAGGACUUCGAACGAUUGAGCAAAGCUUUCAAAAUCUGGUACGGCAUCAAUGUCGAAAGUCGCGAACACGCCCUUCGAGGAUGGAACUGGGGCAAAGCCGAUUUCAACAAAGCAGAACUCUCCUUCAACGUGCAGAACCGACCCGCCUUCGAAAUCCCCUACUCCGAGAUCUCCAAUACCAACCUUGCCGGCAAGAACGAGGUCGCCGUGGAAUUCUCGCUCUCAGCCGCCGAUGCGAAUGGCGCGAAUGGAAAACCCGCCGGCAGUACAGAAAACCGUGGCCGGAAGGCUGCUGCUUGCUCUGACGAGCUGGUCGAGAUGCGCUUCUACAUCCCCGGCACGGCUGUGAAGAAGGAGAAGGCCGAGGGCGCUGAGGGUGCUGAGGGCGAGGAGAAUGAAGAGGAGGUCGAGGAGCAGAAUGCGGCCAAUCUUUUCUACGAGACGCUGAUGGAUAAGGCGGAGAUCGGAGACGUGGCUGGUGAUACUUUUGCCACUUUCCUGGAUGUUCUUCAUCUUACGCCCAGAGGUCGGUUCGAUAUCGAUAUGUACGAAUCUUCCUUCCGUCUUCGCGGCAAGACGUACGAUUAUAAGAUUCAAUAUUCCGCCAUCAAGAAGUUCUUCUUGCUGCCCAAGAAUGACGAUACUCACACACUGAUCGUGCUUGGUUUGGACCCGCCCCUGCGCCAGGGCCAGACCCGGUACCCGUUCCUGGUGAUGCAGUUGAAGCUGGAUGAGGAGAUCAGCCUGGAGCUGAACAUGACCGAGGACUUGCUGCAACAGAACUACAAAGAUAAGCUUCAAUCGCACUACGAGGAACCGAUUCACCAGGUGGUGACCAAAAUUUUCCGCGGAUUGUCGGGUAAGAAGGUCAUCAUGCCGUCCAAGGACUUCACUAGUCACCACGGCCACCAGGGAGUUAAGUGCUCCAUCAAGGCCAACGAGGGACUGCUUUACUUCCUGGACAAGAGUCUGCUCUUCGUGCCAAAGCCUGCCACCUAUAUUCAGAUGGAGAACGUGGCGGUGGUGACAAUGUCGCGUGUGGGCGGUGCCAUCUCUGCCAGCCGCACCUUUGAUAUUACCGUGACCUUGAAGGCCGGUCUGGGCGAGCACCAAUUCAGCAACAUCAACCGUGAGGAGCAACAACCCCUGGAGGACUUCUUCAAGGCCAAGGGCAUUCGCAUCAAGAACGAGAUGACCGAAGACGCCUCUGGAUUGAUUGCCGCGACGCUGGAUCAGGAUGAGUCCAGUGACGAGGAGGUUGUCCGGGCCGACCGCGGGUCUGCGGAUGAGGACUCGGACACACCGGACGAGGACUUUGAUGCAUCCUCAGACUCGGAUGUUGCAGAGGAGUUCGACUCUGCGCAUGAGAGUAGCGGAGACAGUGAUGACGAGAUGGGAGAUGCUCCUGCGGCGGGUGGUGGCGAUGAUGAUGAGGCAGCGCGACCCAAGAAGAAGAGCAAGGUUGGAAAAUAG